UUCCACAUCGUCACCUGCAAGAUGCUUCUGAUUCACUCCAUGCUCAGCCUGUUGCUCAGCCACACGGGAGUCCUGCUGCAUAGAAAACAUUUGUUGCAGUUCAGGGCGAUGAUAAUCUGUGCUCAACCUGACAGCUGGCCGGUGUUUGACUACGCUGACUAUGGCUGCUACUGUGGGCUGGGAGGCUCUGGCACACCUGUAGAUGAUGUUGACAGAUGCUGUGAGGUCCACGACCAGUGCUACGGUGAUGCCAUGCAACACGACGAUUGCGUGCCAGUCCUGGACAACCCCGACACUAAAGUAUACAGCUACAGGUGUGACGAGGCCAACAAGACCUCCACCUGCCUGAAGGACAACGAUCCCUGUGAGAAGUUCAUCUGUGAGUGUGACAGGAAUGCAGCCAUGUGCUUUGCCAAGGCCGGCUAUAAUGAAGGAAAUGACCACCUUCCCAGUGAGCGCUGCACGUAAGCCGAAGGACUCGGGGGGAGAAGUGUAGAGUGUCUCUAAUAAAAGCAACUGUACUCAUAGUUGCUGUUUUAUUGUCCAACAAAGACCUCACACGUGUAUUGUAUAUGCAACUUUUAUCCAUUUCGUGACUCUGAAAAUGGAUAUUUUAAAACAUAAUUUCCAUCAGUUUAUUUGAGCCAUUAUUUUAUGUCAUGUUUGUAAAGGUUCACUGGCUCUCACGCUCUUGUCUCACAGAUGUAAUGAUACGGCAGAUUACAGUCUGCAUCGUUCCACAUCUUGCGUUUGCGUCUCUCAGAAGCAUGAAUCUGCCCACAGUCCUCUCCGUUCUCUCUGUAGUCCCAGUUGUCAGGCUGACCGUUAUCCCAGAACCUAAACGGCGACAGGAUAAGAAACAAUUAAUAUGCUACUUAUAAUUGAACUUACCAAAACGUUGUUCCCUUUUUUUUUUUUU